AUGCCCAACAUCACCCCGCCCGGGUGCUUAGCUCUGAUUUUCCCGCCCGGCAGUUUUAAUACAACCUAUCACCGGCGUACACAACUUCCUCAUCUCAAGCUUUUACAGUACACCCACAACAAAUCAGCGCGUUCACAGUACACCCACAACAAAUCAGCGCGUUCACAGUACACCCACAACAAAUCAGCGCGUUCACAGUACACCCACAACAAAUCAGCUCUUCGUCUUUUCACCCAGCCCACCAUGGCCAUCUACCGCCUCAACGUUCCCGGCGCAAACCGCAUGCAAGCAACCCGACGCCGUGUACAUUCCAACCAUAAUGCUGCAACCUUGGCAAGAUUGCGUCACGUAGAAAAUCUUGAUCAACACCAUGCAAGAAAUCCCGCCAACCCAAACCCGCCAAUUCAGAAUUUAAUGGACAACAACACAUUCACAUAUGCUAGCUUUCAUGAUGAUGAAGAACAUGGAGAACAGAACACCGAAGAUGGUCUUGGCGGUGAUCAUGAUGAAAAUCUUCCUGGGUGGGCUGGCUUGUCUGAAGAGGAACCCGAUGAGAUUGAUCUUCUUAUUGCCGCAGAUAAGGAGAAGCACCGGCAACAAGCGCGUGACUUCAAUUGGGACGUACUUCUCAACCACCUUGUUGCUGAAUACCUGAGGUUGAGAAUCCUCACCAAGAACUGGGCCUCAACCAACUCUUACAACAACUUCUCUCAGUGCCCAUCAAGUUGCGUCAAGAAAUAUAAUUGA